AUGCACGAGCUACACCAUCCUUGCGUCCCCUUCGUGGAGCCCUUCUACGAGCAGGUGAUCCCGGGAGCUCGAAUUGAUCUGCAUGGUCAUCUCCACCAUGGACAUCACAAGUGCUUUGUCGUGGAAUUCUUGUCCGGCCCACACCACGUCUUCCACAUGUCCUUCCGAUUCCAGCACCACGAGCACAACCUGGUGAUGAACAGCAGUGUCAAUGGGGUCUGGCAGUACGAAGAACGCGUCCAUAAUCCGAUUGGGCACCACGACUCCAGUUUCAACAUGUCCAUCCAUGUGCACGCAACGCACUUUGAUGUCCACGUAAACAACCGUUGCGUGGCCACCUUCCGCCACCGCUUCCCUCUGGAGACGAUCCAGGCCCUGGGCGUCCACGGUGACGUGAAGAUCCACAAGGUCCACUACCACGGCUUCCACUUCAAGACUCGAUGGGGAGCUGGAGGUUAUGACUGGGGCCAUGGCGGUUACAUUGGAUAUGGUACGGCCGGCUACGUAGCCCCGCAAUUCCAGCCUCACCACCAUCAUCAUCAUCACUGGCGGCGGCAUCAUUGC